AUGGAUGUGGCUAUAGAGUUCUCUAAGGAGGAGUGGGAAUGUCUGGAUUCUGCUCAGAAGGCUUUGUACAGAGAUGUCAUGUUGGAGAAUUACAGCAACCUGGUUUUUGUUGGAGAGAAACCUUACAAAUGUAAUGAAUGUGGGAAAUUCUUUACCAAGUCAUCACAUCUUAAAGUUUACCACAGAGUCCAUACUGGAAAGAAACUUUACAAAUGUAGUGAAAGUGGGAAAUCCAUUACCAAAAUUCAUACAGGAAUGAAGCUUUACAAAUGUAAGGAAUGUGGCAAAUCUUUUACACAAUCCUUAAACCUUCAAGUUUACUAUAGAAUCCAUAAUGGAGAGAAGACUUGCAAAUGUAAUGAAUGUGGCAAACAUUACAAGGAAAACUCAAAACUUAAAGUUCACCAAAGAAUGCAUACAGAAGAGAAACCUUACAAAUGUAAAGAAUGUAGCAGAUCUUUUACACAAUACUCAAAACUUCAAGUUCACUACAGAUUCCCUAUAGAAAAAAAAGCCUUACAAAUAUAA